AUGGUUGCGUCUCUGGCGCUGUUUGCUCCUGCAGACCAGCGCAAGGAGCUCUUGGCAGGAUCCCCUAUGUCCAAGUUGGACAGCCUGGCAUUGGAGUUUGCCAAGAAGGGAGCAUCGAUGCCGGUCUCCUCCAUGCUGAAGAAACUGGACGACUGGCACGACAGGCCUGACACUCUCUUGGACGUCGACAGCGACAGGGCAAGGACGCAGAUGCUGUCCCUCGCUAACCACCAGGGCUGGAUGGGCAGCCAGUUGGCAUCGGACUCGCAGCUGUGCAAGAAGGCGGACAUUAUCAUCUCCAAAUUUGAUCAGCUCCUGAAGAAGCUCAUUGUUGAGGAGACUCAAGUCAACAAGACCAUUUCCCAGACACAGCAGGAAUAUGAGGCAAUCAAGUCCAAGUGGCUGGAUACCGAGUCCAAGUAUCGCCUGACCGAGCAGAAGGAGAAAGAGGCCAAGGAAGGAGCCAAGUUUGCGAGACAGGAGUAUGACAAGUGGCAAACAGCACACAAGCAGGCUUCCUCAGACUUGGAAAAGACCACCAAGAACAAUGCAGUUGACAAGGCCAGCCUCGAAUCUGAGAAGGAAUUGAUCCUUGAGAUCAUGAAGAUGGUUGGCGUAGUGUCCAAUGGACUUGAUUCCUGUCUUAACAUCUGCGUGAAGAACUCUGUGCUGGCUCAGCAGACUGUCGGCAAAGCUCGAUUGGAGACGUUGGCCAACAGCGACUUGGGCAGCCAGAGCUCCGAAGUCGCCAAGAUCUUGCAGGAGAUCCUUGACGAGAUCGACAACCGCCUUAAGAACUUGGAAACCGUGUACAAUCAGGAGAGUGAUCUGGUCAAGUCAACCAAUGAAAAGAUGGUGCACUGGGAGAAGCAACUGGUCUCCCUGGCGAAUGCCCAAGACAAGGCAAAGUCUGAAAAGCUCACCCAAUCCCUAGCAAGAGAGAAGGUUGCAGGGCAGCUGAAGAUCGCCAAGAAGAACUACGAGGAGGAGACCUCGGCGUACAAUCUUGAGAUCCAACCAUAUCAGAAGGAGAUCACCGUGAUCAAGGAGAUCAAGAAGAAGAUUGUCAAUCAUUGCAACGGCGUCUCGCAAUAA